CGCAAGGAUUGAACGCAAGGAUUCCACCCAGGAUUCUGCUCUCGACACCGCCGGCCUGCGAUCCGAGCCUGCAAACAAACAAGCCGCUGCCACCGACAUCCACUCUGCGCUUGCGCAUCGAUCCGCUCGACUUGCUCGACUUGCUCGCACUUGGACAUCGACCUGCUCGCACUUGGACAUCAACUUGCCGCAAUCCAAGCCCCGUCGCUGUCGCAUCCGCUCGCAGUCUCAGGUCCUUUCACGCUUCGCCUCGCCUCGGCCAUCCUCCUCCAAGCUGCUCCCGCCACGUCGUCUGCGGCGAUUCGUCUUUCAUCUGCCAAGCACUCUCCCCACCCAACGAUCCGCCCUCUGUCCUGAUUCCUGCCGCAUGUCGCUCCGGUCAACGUCUCCAAUUCUACCCACUGCCGUCUCGCCCCAAUGGAGAAGCGCCCCGAGCUUUCCGCGAUCGCAUCGCAGACGAGUCUCGGCGUCGCCAGGCCACCACUCGCGCCGUCCCGGCAGCAUUGGCCAUCGGCUCUGGCUUCUGGUUGUGUCGCUGUUCGAGAGCGCUGACGAUCUGCGCCGCAAGCCCUCGUCGCCGCUGAUGCGCCUGUGGAUUCUCCUCCGGAGGCCUCUCGGGCUCGCUUCGUUCUUGGCGCUGCUUUUUAUGCUCUGGUCGCUAUGGAAUGCCGACGUCUACCGGUUCACGGAGCACCAUCUGCGGCCCAAGUCGCUCCUCCUGGAUCCCGUGUGUCUCGGGUACCAGUCCGCAAUGACGUUCUCGACCUUUGUCCAGGGAGGCGUCUCGGACGUCGAGCCCUGCUCCAAGCUCGUUGAGGAAGCCCGCGUCGAUCUCACGACCUGGCCGGUCUCCUACAGCGAUCCCACCCGCCACAAUCUGUCGUCGCUGAUCUCGUGCCAGGAUGUCGAAGACUGUGGUGUCGAGUGGAUUGUGCAGGCCUCGCGCUGCCAUCCGUCCCUCAAUCGGCUCGCCCAGACGGCCCGCAAUCUGGGCGUGACCUUUACUGUCCUGGGGUAUGGGCAGCGAUACCGAGGCGACGGCCACAACUUCCGGCAGCUCCACGACUACCUGCUCAACCUGCCAACAACCGAUAUUGUAGAUGUCUACCGCCGGUUCGACCACCCCAUCGUCAUCGGGACCGAGGAGCAUUGCUGGCCCGACGGCCAACUCUGGAACAAAUACCCGCCCAUCAAGCCCGAGAUCACUCGGAAGCGGGGAGACACGCCCUACAAGUACGUCAAGUCUGGCGCCUUGAUGGGCCCGGCCGGCCUCGUCCGAGGCAUGAUCAAGACCCUCUACAACAGCGAGUGCGCCAUGGAGCAGCGUCUUCUGACCAGCGCUGUCGUCAAGAAAUCUGUGUUCUGGCACGGCCGCCCAGACGGCCUCCCUCGGGUGCUCAACACGGAGCGCGGCGAACGGCCCCAGCACGGCGAGGAUCCUCGUCCCCUGGUUUCCCUGGAUGUCUAUCAGGACCUGUUCACUCGGCUCCGAAACAUGCAUCCCUGGGACUUUGUCGUCGACACCAAGACCAAGCGUGUGCGCACCUGGCUGCGGGACAAGCACAUUCCCAACUCGUGCAUUCUGCACGAAGUGGGCGGAAACCGCAAGCCAGAGGGUAUGCUUAUCGGUAUUUUGGCCGACCAGCUCGACUCUGCCAAAUAAUCAGCCAGUGCCUUGGCGUUGGCUGGCGUUGGCCUGAUUUGGCUGGCUUUGGCUGGCUUUGGCUGGCUAUGGCGAGACUGGCCUGUCCUUCUCUCCGCAUCCAACCGCGGCUGCUGCUGCCAUGCACAACGCUGGGCUGGCUCAGCCAUCGCUGCGUAUUCUCUGCUUCCAUGCACUUUGCUUCGACCUGCAUCAAUACACACACACAUCCAUC